AACUGGCAAGAUAGAGAGCAACAAAAUAAAAGGAGCAGCGUAAACCGAGUACUGAUUGAGAAAGAAACAAGUGUCGUUUUUGUAUUUUGAAUUAAAAUCGCAGCUCGGGAUUUUAAACUCAUCGAUCCUCAAGGACUUCCGUUUGACUACGAUCGUUGGACUCAAGUGGAUAAUUGAGCCUAUUUGGACACAGUGAUGUAAACAUUUCUCCUGGGUUGGCUAGUAAAGGUUUGACAGCUGAAAGACCACAGGAGUUGAGGACGCAGAACCGGAGACAUGGCGGAGGCACCAAAGAUUGAGCUCUUCAUCAAGGCAAGUGAUGAUGGUGAAGGAGUUGGCAACUGUCCAUUCUGUCAGCGGCUCUUCAUGAUUCUCUGGCUUAAGGGGGUUAAUUUCACCCUCACCACAGUGGACAUGAAGAGAGCUCCAGAGGUUCUGAAGGACCUUGCUCCAGGCUCUCAGCCCCCAUUCCUCCUUUAUAAUGGAGAGGUACGCACUGACACUAACAAGAUUGAGGAGUUUCUGGAAGAGACUUUGGCACCUCCACAAUUUUCCAAACUGUGCUGUCGCUAUAAGGAGUCUAACAGUGCUGGCGAUGAUAUCUUCCACAAGUUCUCUGCUUACAUUAAAAACCCCAACCCUGGACUUAAUGACAUGCUGGAAAAGAAAUUUCUGAAGAGUCUGAUGAAGCUGGAUCAAUACUUGCUCACCCCUCUUCCAUACGAGUUGGAUAAGAACCCGAAUGUAACUCAGUCCACCCGAAGCUACCUGGAUGGAGACUCCCUCACUCUCGCUGACUGCAACCUUCUCCCCAAGCUACAUAUUGUCAAGAUUGUGUGUAGGAAAUAUCGUGAUUUUGGGAUCCCUGCAGCCCUCACUGGUCUGACUAAGUACCUGGAGAAAUCCUACCAGCGGGACGAGUUCCGCUACACGUGCCCCAAUGACGCAGAGAUCCUGCUCGCCUACCAUUCUGUGGCCAAAUAUCUCAACAAGUAGAUCGAGUAUAGCAGGGGAUGGGUGGGGCUUGGCGAAUGGAGUGGCUCUAGGCAAGCCCGAAUCAUAUGUCUCGUAAAUACAAUUCUAUGUUAGAGGUUUCAAAUCACCUGUGGUUUGUAGGUGGAGGUUCUUUUCUCUCUUUUUUUUUUUUUGUACAAAUGAGAUAUUAUGUGCUUUGAGUAUUUGCUACCUUCUUUGUUUCAUAUUAACAUGUUCGCCUGUUUGUUAUUAUUACUUUCGGUACUGCCAUAUUCUCUGUACAUGGAAUCAUUUGUCUGUACAAUUUACAGUAUAAAAUCUCAGCGGAAAAACA